AUGCCGGCAUUAUUCGCGGUUCUAGACGAGGCGGAUCAAGCAGUUGAAGUAUGCGACGAGUCGAAAGUAGUACAGUAUGUGAAUCGGGCAUACGAGAGCGUCACUGGAUGCCUUAGAGGAGAAGUUGUUGCGAGAUCGACAUUAUGGUUUCAUUGA